AUGGGUAACACCAGCGCUCACACCAGGCUGCUGAACCAAAGCAACAGGAACGUGUGUGUCUUCCUCACCCAGGACAAGCUGGAGGUGGACGCCUUCAUUGCCAAGCUCGAUGCCCCAGGCGGGAUGAUGAUGUCGUCGCCACGGCCACCAACCCGGCCAGGCGGAAUGGUGAGGUUCGGUUUCCGUGGUGACAUUGCAGGCCACUGCGUCUUGGCCUCACAGAUGUGUCAGCUCCUGUGGAAGGAGAAUCAAUAUGUGUCUAUCUUUGUCGAGGAUGAUGAGAAGAUUUGUUCUAAGCAUGCUGUUGUGAGUGUAAGUCCUGAUAAUCACGUGUUCAGAGGAGAGACUGUGACUCUCAGAUGUGACAUACAGGGAGAAGGAGACACUGGGUGGACAAACAGCUGGUAUAAGAAUAACUACAGUAUCUACCCAUACAACACAUACAAUCCAUACAUGAUCAGCUCUGUUACACAGUAUUACAGUGGUACAUACACCUGCAGCGGGUACAGGGGAAGAGACUCUCAGAGCUCAGAGAUCAGUAAUGCUGUUACAUUAACUGUGUCAGUUAAACCUACACCUGAACUCACAUCAAGCCUUACAGGAGCUGCACUAGUGGGAAACCCAGUGACUCUGCACUGUAAGCUGGACCAGUCUGCUGGUUGGAGCUUUUACUGGUCCAGACACACACAGAACCCUGAGAAUGAGACCAACACUGCAGCAAACUCCUACAACAUCAGCUCAGUGGCGCCCUCUGAUGGAGGCCAGUACUGGUGCAGAGCUGGCAGAGGAAACCCAGUCUACUACACACACUACAGUGAUGCACUGUGGGUAAACGUUACUGCUGCUGAUUCCUCCUCUCUUGGCCAGAUUAGUUUGACUGUGGGACAGAGUUUGGUCGUGUUGUUCAUCUUACUGACCCUGCUGUGGUGCUACAAAACCAAAAAGAAUCUCUGUGUCACUGUACUGGGAGUCAGUCAGACAUCAAUCAGACAUCAGAUCAGACCCAGAGAGAGUCAGGAGAAGCUGCCCACAUAUAUGACACAGCUGAGCCAGCAGACAGGAGCAGCACAGAUGAACCUGCAGACGACCUCAGUGAUGUCACUUAUGCUCAGGUCAUGAAACACAACAA